GUUUUCCCUGAGUUUGGUCUGCGGCGGCGGUGGUGCGGGAUGCAGGGGACAGAGAGUGGGGACACAUGUAUGCCAAACAUGUGAAGAGGGAAGCUUUGGAAGAACAAAAUAUCCUGAUUGACUAAGAAAACAUGGCAAAUGUAAGUGUUCGCUGGGAGGCUCUUAACUUGACUAUAGCGCUGACUCACCGGGCUGAAGUCAUGGAAAAUCCUCUUCAGACGUACCUCCUGGGAAUCAUCAUCUCUAUUUGUGGGAACGUCCUAAUUAGCAUUUCACUCAACAUACAGAAAUAUGCCCACGUCCGUCAAUGUCAGCGUGGCUCCAAACCCUACUACACCUCCGUGGUGUGGUGGGGUGGGGUUCUUCUCAUGGGUGUUGGUGAACUGGGGAAUUUCGCCGCCUACGGCUUUGCACCAGCAUCCCUCAUAGCCCCACUGGGCUGUGUGGCUGUCAUAGCCAGCGCUUUCAUAUCUGUGAUUUUCCUCAAGGAGACGGUGCGCGUCUCCGACGUCGUUGGUGGCACUCUGGCAAUAACAGGAACCUACGUCCUGGUGACGUUUGCCCCCCACACUUCCACUCACAUUACAGCCCAUCUGGUCCAGUUCUAUGCAGUCAGCUGGCACUUCCUGCUCUACCUUGCAAUAGAAAUCAUCCUCUUUUGCAUCCUGCUCUUUGUGUACAAGAAGAAGAACGUGAAGCACAUUGUCGUCGUCAUGCUGCUGGUGGCGCUGCUUGCUUCUCUGACUGUCAUCUCAGUUAAAGCUGUGUCAGGAAUGAUCACAGAGUCCUUCAAAGGUGAAGGUCACCUGCAACUCAUCUAUCCCAUCUUCUACGUCAUGCUUGUCAUCAUGGUGGCGUCCUGUGCUUUCCAAAUCAAAUUUCUCAAUCAGGCAAUGAAAAUGUUCGAUGCCACCGAAGUUGUUCCCAUCAACUUUGUGUUUUUCACUGCAAGUGCCAUCGUUGCAGGGAUAAUCUUUUACCAGGAAUUUGAAGGCUUGGCAUUGUUGAAUAUUUUCAUGUUCCUCUUUGGCUGUCUACUGUCUUUCCUUGGAGUUUUCCUGAUAGCCCGAAACAGACCGAAAGCAAAGCAACAAGACGCUAACAUUAUUGCCAUGGAUACGGUCCCAGGAAGAAGACACGCGGACAAAGUGCAGCCUGAGGCGAAGACUCGAACGUACGGAUCACUGGCAGACAAACUCAUGUGUCACAGGGCUGGAAAAAACGACGAGUCUUAGGAGGACUUUCAAGGAAGUGUGUGAACAUAUGCAGGACCCCCACUGCAUCAUUGCAAGAACUUUUCUUUCCUGUUUUUUGUUGUUGCAGGAUUAUUGGACGAACAACGCUCAAAAUAAGAACUUAGUGACUUAGUAUCAACUUGUUCAGGUGGAAAUCUUGACGAGUCCAAUGUGUGACAACUUGUACAGUAAAGGACCAUGUUUAGGUCUACACAUCAAAUAAAAAGCACUUCUGUCCCGAUGGUGAAGGAGGAGU